CCGUGACAUUUAAGUUUAUUUCAACAUGAACUCUAAAAUACGUCUUACACCCGGAGUAUACGAAUAAAGGAUGACUGAGAGAAGGGGAGAGGGAGUCCAUAUCGUAGCACGACAAGAGAUUCAAAUAUAUAGCUAUACACACGUUUUGCUUCACUUCACAUUUUCAGUUUCCUCCCUCAUCUUUUCAGCCCCUUCUUAAACCUAAAAUCGAACUGGGCGUCUGAGCAACUAUACCUCUACCCACUCUGGCAGCCGAAGAUUCAGAGGAAGAGGAAGAAAGGGAGAAAGGGAGCCCAGCUGGAGUCGACCACCCCUUCAACCGAGAUGGUCCAAGUGCCAGGUCCACAGGUUCAGACUCCCCCGUUGUGAUGCCAAUCGUAAACUUGGGACUUGGAUUCGGAGGUGUAACCGUACCCCCACUUCCAAUACCGAACGCUACAGCACUCCCGGGCGUAGGCAAAAAGGCAGGUGAGCAAUUAGUACCCCUGCGGAAGUUCAAAAGAAGAGAGGCGGCGGAUUCUUCCUCUGGUGUAGUAGGGGUAGCAUUAGCAGCGGGAGUAGCAGUAGUGAGCGUGUGGCUCCUGGUUAUUAUUGCGGUGGGGCCUAAGCUGAGCCUUGGAAGUUGUUGUAAACCUUUGGCUGAAAGAUUCGUGGGUACGAAGUGGGUCGAGGAGGGGGGCGAGGGUAGGUGGGAGGGUAGGUGCGCAGGAGAGGUGAGAGGAAGAGGUAAAGAAGGGGAAGCUAGAUCUGGUUGGAGAGCUGGUGACUGAGAGUAGGAUUUUGGAGCAGGAUCAACCUCCGGGAGCCACGAAGAGAUGGAGGGUAGACGAGGACGAGAGGCUCGUUCUGGGGCCGGCUCGAUAGGGUUAUCGAGUUUUUGACGUCUGUUGGACUCGAUGUCUGGGUCCUCUGCCACCGUAUCCCGUUUUCUCUUCUUCGCAUCUGAUCGAUGGCUCGAAAUCUGAACCUGACUCUGCACUUCCAAGUCCUUCACCCUCCGAAUGAGAUAUUGCAUGUACGCGACUGUGCGAACCAAGAUUUCGAGUUUAAACUCACGUUCCUUCUCUUCCUUCUUUCCGGAUUUCUUUGGUUUCGAUCUCCUCUCCUCCUGGUAAUCGCCAUCGCCAUCGCCGUCGUCGUCGUCAUCAACCUCUUCAACCUCCUGAUCGGGGUGUUUCCUCUCAUCACCAAAACCUGGAGGAACGAGCUGUCUAAGGGUAGCUAGAGCAUCGUUGAUCUUGGUUCGCCGGGCCUUUUCGAUAAUGGAGUGGUUCAGUUUGCGCUGGGUUUCACGAGCAGCCUUUGACAUCGUUCCAGGUUUACGACCUCGCUUGGCUGGCUGGGAUUGUGGUUGGGGGGUAUUGACAUCUUCGGCGAUAGAUGCGGCCACAAUGACGAGGGUAGAAGGGGUAGAUUGAGGGGACGGAUCGGAAAGGCGAGGGACUUUGGCUUUUCGAGAUGGAUUACAGCUAGCAGCGUAGACGGUAUUGAAACCUUCCGUUGCGGGGUUCAUGGCAGUAGUAGUGAGAGAGCAGGGAGUCGAGUUUGAAGAAAUGAAGACGAAAACGAAUGCAGAGUCCAGACAAUUGAGGAACCGGAGGCUCGUGUGCCCCCUUCAUCGCACACGACCGUUAUUUCAUAAACGUUGAUUGGCUGAAGCUGGGUCAACAUCACACACGUUUGCGACGAAUGCGCAAGUCCGACUCGUGUGUCGUUAUCAGAAGCUUCCGAAAUCCCCAAGUUAUCCUUUUAGGCAGUGAAUUCCCACGAUCAUCACCUUUGACUGGAGGGCUUAGACGACGAGAAGAAACAUUGCCAUCGUCGACGACCCCCAAUGUACUCUCCUCAUCGUCGUCCACGACCAUGGUCACCAAAUGAACACGACCCUCUCCCCACGAUAUCUCGCCAUCAUGUCCCCAAUGAGACUAGUUACGACCUCGACUUCGAAUACUCCAGAUACCCACGCAACAACCAACGCCGAGAGCCCUCAGAUGCCUCAGUAGAAGCCCUCGACCUCGCUGACUAUGCUGUCCGGCGCCAACAAGGCUAUGCUUCCGACAACGUUCUCAAUUCUCCUCCCCCACCUUCCCUUACCAUGGCGUCAUCCUCGGGUCCUUCGUCUUCAAGAACAAGCCGUCGUCCGUUCUCAUUGCCACCUCGUUCACCACCCAAUCGACAGCAUGAGCCGGAUUUUCUUACUCCAGAAAAUCAAGACAUAGAUAUUUCUCGGUUCCCAGCUUGGUCCAGGAGCUGGUACAACUCUCAGUCCUCCCCAUCCUCCCCACCAGAUAUCUACUCCCCCCUUCCACUAUCCCACCUCAACUCGGUGAACUAUAAAUCCAGACACAAGUCGACAGUCUCCAAACCUUUUGACCAAGGUAACAGCUGGGAUCCUUACUCCACCACUACUGGGAACCCAAAUUCCCGCUAUGGUUCACUCGGCUACAACAACAAUUACUGGAACGACCCUCCCCCACUUUCCACAUUUUCUCACGAAAGUUCACGAAAUCUCCUACCCUGGCAAGAACAACACCGUCUCAACUCUGACGAUCUAGGCAUCAAUCCCGCUCUCAAAGAAGAACGAAUACGGAUGCUCGAACGUGAAUUUGGGCCUGACGCUGCUUCAUCUUCCCAUUCUCGAAACCAAGAUCCCAACUCUCCGUUUCUCUUCGAUGACCAAGGCAAGCCCCUCAUCGGAACCGUGUCCCCAUCAGGUUACAUUACCACUCAAGGUCCCAAAAAACGACUCUCUGUUCGAGUUUUAGAAAUCGUCUUUGCUGCUAUUGCAGCUGUACCGGCCAUUUAUGCGGCGGCGAUGAUUAAGUUCAGGGAGAAGGAGGAGUUGCCCCCACCACAAGGCAAACCACCGGCAUAUGUGUUAUAUGUCGUUAGUGUCAUUACGCUUUUGGGGCUACUGGUGAUGUGUGUGGCUUAUCCUUGUUGUUGUGGGAGGAGGAGGAAGGUGAAGGCUGGUGGACCUGGGGAAAUGAUGGGUCCGGGGGGGAUGAUGGUCCUGCCUGUUGUACAGGGUCUGACAGGGAAGAACGGGACGAAGAAUAAGAAACAGGGUGGAGGCAAGAAGUAUAAAGGCGGUCCCGGUCCGGGAGGAGAUGUUCAGGUCAAUUUGAUUGUGGAUCCUACAAUGUUCGGCAAUGGGGGUCGUCAGGAAGAAGACGAUGCCUCGGACGAGGAAUACAACGAGUAUUACGGAUCUUCGGCCUCGAUGCCUGGAGCAUAUGGUCCCUCGAGAAAGAAACGUAAGCCAAGAAGACGGAACGUGUUUGUGGGGUUACAGAUGGAGGAAGAGUGGAAGAGGGCGAGGGGAUUUUUGAAGAAGGUGGCAACAAUGGACGUUCUUGGGGUUGUCGUUUGGGGGGCUGUGUUUAUCUUCAUUCUGAUCGGUAAGAGGUGUCCGAUUGGGGGGUUCAAUGGGUGGUGUAACGCUUACAACACCUCAUCGGCCGCAGCGUGCUUGCUAUGCGUCGCCUUUGGCGUCAGUGUCUUUUUCGACAUCAAGGAUCUUCAUGCUAGCAAGGAGAGUCCAAGGACCAGGAGUUGACCAUGACUUUCCCUUCCAUUCUCUUUUCCUUCCUCAGUGCUAUUUUCGCGUAUCCUUAUUCUGCAUAUAUAAGCAUUUCAUAUAGUUUAAUCUCAUGUAUUGGACUUCCCUCCACCCUCUUCAAUUCAGACAUUGUAGUGUAGCUUAAUGAUUCCCUUCUGUUAACUUUACGACUUGAUACGAUACCAAUUAAUGACCUCUUCAUUGUGA